AUGGACUCCAAACAUGCGAACUUCCAAAAAAAACUACUGGUUGAGAGAGCGUUAGAAAGAAAUAACAUCGUGGACGGCAUUAAAAACACAGAUAUAUUGAUUUGGGAUGAAAUAUCGAUGUCUAGUAAACGAGUUUUUGAACUUGUCAACGUGUUACAUCAUGUGAUUUCAAAGAACGACUUACCUUUUGGUGGUAUCCAGGUGGUAUUGGUCGGUGACUUUUGCCAGUUGAAACCAGUGAACUCUAAUAAUAACUGGAAGGCUAAGUCAGGGGGGGAAGUUGAAGCCGUGCUUGAAGCUUUUUUUGUAGGUAGACCCAGUCCUUUUUACAUUUUUUUUUCAAAAUAUGCACAUUUUUCGAUCAGAAAAAUCUUGCCCCAAACUAUUAGUUAUACUACCAAAUUUAAUUUAUAUCAGUAGUAUUAUAAAUGAAUUUAAUAUUCGCAAAGCAAACAAAUCACGAAUUAGCAAAAAAAAUGCGAAAAACACGACCAUAAGCAUGAACGGUCUGAAAAACCGCGCGUUUUAGGUUGCUUUUUCUGAGUUUUUGGAAGUUUAAGAUAAAACUAAGACGUCAUACCUCAGGAAUUUUUUAUACCCAUGCAAAAUACAUCUGUAUGCGAAGUUUCAAGAAGAUUGAACGUUUUAAGGUCGAAAAAAAAGCGUUUGAAAAUUGACAAAAAUAUUGCCAUAUUCAAAGUGCUCAUAGUGGCCAACAAGAUGCCGAUGACGAAAAUAACAUCACUUGAAAAACGCCAAUUUAUUUAUGUUUAAGAGCGACUAAAACAAGGACUAAAAGCUCAGGAUCAAUAACAAUACCUGGGGUUUAGUACAACAUAAGUUUUGGGACUGUCAAAAUGUUUUAUAGUAUAUAUUUUUUAGUUGAACGGCGAGAUUUCCUUCGGCACAUCCAAACUUUCGUCAUUUUUUCAAAAUACAAAAGCAAAAUUCCUUACUUUUUGCUGCAGAGAGAUGUAAAACAGUCGGAACUAAUCGGAAACUUGGUUUAAAUCCCAAGUCAUUGUUGUAUUCCCAUGGGAAAAGUGUUUUUCUUGCAAAUUUUUGCUCGAAAACGAACUUUUGACAGAAUUUUUUUCACUCCUCAAAACUCUCCUUAGUCCUUUUGAAAGCUGAUUUUCCCGCGCGCCGGCUUCAACGAAUCAUAGACUUUCAUCAUAGGAGUUAGCCUUCCAGUUAUUAUUAGAGUUCACUGGUUGAAACCCAUUCGCACAUUGUUAGAUACAGGGUACCCAAUUUUUCAUUCGAAAUUGUUCAAUAAAGCAUUUUCUCAUCGGGUUGAAUUAAAUGAAGUAAAAAGGCAGUAUGAGUCAGAAUUUCGGCUGAAGAGAGCGUUAGAUCAGGUUCGAGCGGGAGAAUGUACCGAAGAUACGGAGGCAUAUUUUAACACCCUAAACAGAGAGUGUAAACCAAGCGAUGGUUCGGCAGAUGUUUUACACAUAUAUUUCAGAAAGCUACCAGUAGAGGUUCAUAACAUCGAUGUUCUAUCAAGUCUUCCUGGAGAUCUCAUUGUUCUUCAAAGUACUGACACUGGUUGUGCCAAUCUCGAGCACAGCGUAACAAGUGUUCUAACACUUAAACCAGGAUGUAACGUUAUGUUGCUCUACAACAUAAGCAAUAAGUUGAGAAAUGGCUACCGAGGGAAGUUUAUCGGACUUGAAGGUACGGAGCACGGCAAGGACCAACGCGUUAUUGUAAGUUUUCCAACAGUUGGAACUGUUUCUCUCGAACGUAGAACGUGGUUCAAAUACGACAAGAACGGUGUUGUCAAGGGCAGUAGGACUCAGUUUCCUCUAACCCCAUGCUACGCAAUCACAGCUCAUAAAGCUCAAAGUUUAACCAUGAAUGCAGCUGUCGUGCACUGCGCCCAGGAGUUUGUAUCUGGACAAACUUACGUUGCCCUUUCAAGAGUAAAGGAAGAAGCUGCUCUACAGGUGAUUGGGUUCCAACGAAAAUUGUUGCUUCCUGUACCGAUUGAGUUGUUGUCCCUAGCAGAUGACCAAUGUGAUCCAGACCCCACUCUCCGCUGUUGCAGAAACAUCCACCUUGACGAAAGCUUUUUCCAUUGUAGCGAGGACGACGAAAGUGAUGAUGAAUGCGAUGGAAUGAGCGAGCAGCUAGCGCGCGAUGCGCGCAUAACUGAUGAAGAAUCUUCAGCCGAGAAAUUUUUCGAAACAAAUGAUGGAAUUCCAGUCAACUUGGAAGAUGUUCUUUUGUGUUUGUGUGACUUUGAAAGUCGAUUAUCUAUUCUUCCGCAGAAUUUUUCGAUUAAAGAUUUUUUGCAGAACAUUGUGAAGGAUAAUCACGAUGAUUCCUUUAGCAAAUCAAUCAAGUCCGCAGCGCAGUUAGGAAUCGAUAACCUGGAUACUUUCGAAGUACUAGUUAGAAUCCUUUGGUGCCGAGUUCACGGAUUGUUCCGAGACUAUUUGUCCGAGAAUGGAGACGAAGUUCAUAUGACAAACCGGGACUUCACUGCUGCCACCGCAAAACUGCACGAACUGUUUUUGACACAAGAAUAUCGAAGUGACCUGAUCAGUUCUUUUGGGGCAUCAUGUUGGUCUGAGAUAAACGAUGGUCAAAGGACUUUGGGCUUUGAGUUGGUAUUGAACAUAUUUCAACUGUUCAGUGAGGAGCUAGGUAAUUUGGUUCGAACAAAAGAAGCUGAGCCCCUUCCCUUCAAAGUUGAAGAAAUGGGAGCAGAUGGACGGGGGAAAGUACGUUAUGUUGGAGGAUGGGCUAUAAGGAAAUCAAUAGAAAAAUCGCGCAGGUAUAUUUAAUUUGACUGAUCAGUACAACUUAGAUAGUGUUCGAACUAUAUUCGGAAAGAUCAGGCUUUUAACUGUUGAUUGGCAUAUUUUUCAUGCCAGAAGGAUAAAAAGUGAGCAAGUACGAGUCCGAUGAAAAUUGUUAGUCAGAAUCGCAUACUUUCACCGUUGAGAGUUGGGUCUAAAACCAUUGAAAAUUUACUCCCCUUAGGACUUAAUUGAUGAAUUUCACUUGCUCACUUUUUAUCCAUUUGAAAAACAUAUCAUUCAACAGCUCUAUUGAACAAUUGAAUAAUUGAAACGAUCUAUUGAAUAAUUGAAACGAUCUAUGAAUUUAUUUUUAUAGAUAUGUUCAUGAAAACAAGUUGUCACAAUCAUCACUUGUACGGAGAAAGAUAGCGCACGAAAUGAAGAAAAUAGAACUGUUUGAAAACAACGUGCUUGUUAACCACGAAGUUCUGCAGGAGUCUACGACUAGUCCCGAAACUCUGCACGUAAUUGAGUCACGCCAGUAUCGAGAGAGAGGCUUGUUACAUAUCAGUGACGCUGCAUACUCCUUCUUUCUGUUGCUGGAACAAGAGCGUGUUGAUAGGAUUAAUUUUUCCAAGUUGGCCGCCUUACAAAAGGAUAUGGUAGAUACUUCUAUCAAAGAAGUUUUAUGGAGUAAAUCUCUCUUUUUACAUUUUAAAAAUGUAAUCAACUCUGAGGGUACUGCUGACAAGGUAAAAAGAGUUACUAUAGCAUUUGUGUGCAUGCAUGAUAAACUGCAUGGGGAAAUGAAAUCUUAUAUAUAGGUACUGUAUACUACAGCAUAAACAGAUUAUGCAUAUGGAUUAUUAAUUCGACUAAAAAUGUUCCGCGCGUAUUGUCUUCAAGGAAAUGUUAAUUGUUACAUAUUUAAAAAUUAUUCUAGGAAUUGACCAUGGAGAUAUAUUGUGACGUCAUAACGCGCUAUUUGAAGAUGGGUGCCGGCCAAUUUUUGCGAGAUUUUCGACGCGACUACCAUUUAAAGAAAUCACUGGCCCAUCGAAAAUCGUUAAUGUCGAAAAAAGAAAAAGCAAGAAAAGUUCGGAUGAAGGUUCAUCUAGCUCAAAUCGAACAAGACAGAAGCGAGAGAAAACGAUCGUCCCACAUCCGUCUCUUGGCCCUCAUCAACGAGUUAAAGGAAGAUGUUGGCACGCUAUACAAGAAGGCAGAGUUACAACACAUGUGCGACGUGUAUGGAGUAAGAUACCUCAAGAGCUGGCAUAAGGGUAAACUGUCAAAAGCAUUAACCCAAGUAAUCCCUACGUACGACCAUAUUCCUCGUCAUCAGAUAACAUCAACCUAUGUUAUUCAAGCAACAGAGUUCGAUGCACUCGACCGAAUUCCUGUACUACGAUUACGGCGGUUAUAA